AUCAAUGUAGAAUUGAGGGAGUAUUACUCUAUUCGAAAUUGGAUGACAUCAAAUGGUUAGUGGUACGUAGGACGCGUGGCCUAUUUUGUUGCUCAGCCAUAGCUCCCAGCCUCCCACGUCCGCACGACUAUAUAUAGCGCGGCAGCACGAUCGAUCGCCGGAGCUCAUCCACAAGCUCGCCGAGCCAGCCGUUGCACCGGCCGCGCCGGAGCGAGCACACGGCGGCCGCGUGCGUGCUCCAAUAUGCCCACGUCGCGGCGCGCGCUCGCCGGCGGCGCUUUGUCCAUGCACGUCGCCUACUUCCUCGCCAUCUCCUGCCUCGGCUACGGCCUCCUCGGGGUGCUCAAGGUGCGGGAGCCCGGCGCCGCGCCGCGCCGCAUCGACCGCUUCUUCACCGCCGUGUCGGCCGCCACGGUGUCGAGCAUGUCCACCGUCGAGAUGGAGGUGUUCUCCAACGGCCAGCUCGUGGUGCUCACCGUCCUGAUGCUCCUCGGCGGCGAGGUGUUCGUCUCGCUCGUGGGGCUCGCGUCCAAGUGGUCCAAGCUGCGGAGCGACGCCAUGGACAGAUCCCGGCGCGUCGAGAGCCACGGCGACGUCGCGCUCGCCGACAUCGACGGCGGCGACGUCGAGAACCCGACGUCGUCGGGAGAGGAGGCGGCGAGCCGACGCCGCCCGAUGGACGCGGACACGCUGCGGCACAAUGCGGUGCGCGCGCUGUUCUACAUCGUGCUCGCCAUCUUCGCGGUGGUGCACGUCGUCGGCGCCGUGGCCGUCGCGGCGUACGUGCUCGCGUCGCCGGGCGCGAGGCGGACGCUGGGGGACAAGUCGCUGAACACGUGGACGUUCGCGGUGUUCACGACGGUGUCGACGUUCUCCAACUGCGGGUUCAUGCCGACGAACGAGAACAUGGUGGUGUUCAAGCGGGACGCGCCGCUGCAGCUGCUGCUGGUGCCGCAGGUGCUGGCGGGGAACACGCUGUUCGCGCCGCUGCUGGCGGCGUGCGUGUGGGCGGCGGCGGCGGCGACGCGGCGGGAGGAGCUCGUGGAGAUGGCGAGGGAGGGGGGCAGGGCGGCGGCGGCCGGGUACGCGCACCUGAUGCCGGCGCGGCGGUGCUGGAUGCUGGCGGCGACGGUGGCGGCGUUCGUCGCCGUGCUGAUGGCGCUGGUGUGCGGCAUGGAGUGGGGCGGGGCGCUGCAGGGGAUGAGCCCGUGGGAGAAGGUGGUGAACGCGCUGUUCCUCGCCGUGAACGCCCGGCACACCGGCGAGUCCACCGUCGACCUCUCCAUCCUCGCGCCGGCCAUCCUCGUGCUCUUCGUCCUCAUGAUGUAUCUACCUCCGUACACGACGUGGUUCCCAUUUGAAGAGAAUUCCACUACUAAGGAUAGUAAUGCAGAGAACCAGGGAAUCAGACUGCUCGAGAGUACACUUUUGUCACAACUCUCCUACCUGACCAUCUUUGUCAUUGCCAUCUGCAUCACCGAGAGAAGAAAGCUCAAAGAAGACCCCCUCAACUUCAGUGUGCUAAGCAUUGUUGUCGAAGUUGUCAGUGCAUAUGGAAAUGUGGGGUUCUCAAUGGGCUACAGUUGCAGUAGACAGAUCAAUCCAGACCAUCUCUGCACAGAUAAAUGGACUGGUUUCGUAGGGAGAUGGAGCGACUCUGGCAAACUGAUACUCAUUUUUGUGAUGUUCUUUGGGAGGCUCAAGAAGUUCAGCAUGAAAGGAGGCAAAGCCUGGAAACUUAGUUAGAUCUUAGAUGCAGUACCAGCUGAACAUUGCAGGUCCCUGAGGGUAGGAAAAAAGUAUAAAGAUGUACUCUUUCUCUUCCGUUUGUUUGUAUAUUCAUUUUCACAUAGACAGGAACCUUCCACUGUCAUCCUUGCACAAAGCUCACCCUCCACUCCAAGUGUUGGCAGUUUCAGAUCAGGUGAAUGAAAGUUCAUCACAAGAAAUCAACAUAGGCUAA